ACACACGAACAGAGUCACACUUUAAACCCAAACACACACAAUCACUUUCUCUCUCCUACUUUCCCUCACUUUCUCUCUCUUUCUUUUGCUGGAAAAUUUCUCAGACGAGAAGGGGACAGCUGCGUCAGAGCCACACCGAUCAGAGAGAGCAAGGAAGGAGAGUCGCUCAUUGAGAUUUGCGCUACGAGAGAAAACAAGAAAGAAAAUUUAUUUAUUUAAAAAAAGAAAAAAAAAAGAAAAAAAAAAGAAAAAAGAAAGAUCUCCAGCGGAUCAGGGUGAUUUAAAGCAAAGGCGGCGAGAAUUUAUGAUGAGCUUUUUAGAGAGAGAAAAAAACGAGAGAGAGAAACAGAAGACUUGAAUUGCAUUUACUCUCCCUCCCUCCCUCCCUCUUUGACGCCAAUUUUCUAUCUCUCCAAACAGUAUGUCCAUUUCUUUCUCUCUUCAUCAUUUUCUCUCUCUAAAAUUGUAAAAAAAGUUUUCGUUUUCAUUUUUUAAUAAUUUUCCCGGGCUAAGAGGGUGGGGGAGUGAAUGAUGAUUUGGCUGGCUAAAAGAGCGUCAUCAAUGUUAUCAUAAAGGCUCGAAAUUGAUGCGAAGAACGUGAAUAUCGAGACGGCGAUAUAAGGGCAAAGCAAGCAGGCAAGCAAAGGCAGGGAUUGUCUGGAGUCCAGAAUUCAUCAAUGUUCACUACUGUGAUGGUCCGGUGGUUGCGUGUUUUUUGAGAGCGGGAUUUGCAGAGCCUCAUUGAAGAAUCGCCAUUUAUGGUCUCGGUUUUUGGUUUCUCUCUGUCUGGUUGAGGUUUAAGGGGACAGAGCAAGAGACGAAGAAGCCGCUGAAUCCCGCCGUUUUGGGGGCGAAAACGCCGGUACUCGCUGCGGUUUCAGAGCCAAAAAAAAAAAGGAAAAAAAAAAACGUUUGCUCUCUGUAGUACCUGUCUGAAGGUUUCUUCUUCUGUAAUUUCUUGUGUUCUUCUCAGAGGUAUAAAAAAUGAAGUUCAUGAAGUUGGGGUCCAAACCUGAUGCUUUCCAAGCUGACGGAAAAUCUGUCAGGUACGUUUCAUCUGAUUUGGCAACAGAUGUCACCAUAAAUGUUGGUGAAGUCAAGUUUCACCUUCACAAGUUCCCUCUCUUGUCCAAGAGCAGUCGGUUGCAAAAACUAGUGUUGAAAGCCAGUGAAGAGAAUUAUGAAGAAAUUCAUAUGGCUGAUUUCCCUGGUGGACCAAAAGCAUUUGAAAUUUGUGCAAAAUUUUGUUAUGGCAUGACUGUUACCCUCAAUGCUUAUAAUGUCGUGGCUGCUCGAUGCGCAGCUGAGUGUCUAGAGAUGACUGAGGACAUUGAUCGAGGUAACUUGAUAUUCAAAAUCGAGGUGUUUCUCAACUCAAGCAUCUUACGUAGCUGGAAAGAUUCCAUUAUUGUUCUGCAAACCACAAAAUCCCUUUUACCGUGGUCAGAGGAUCUGAAGAUUGUGGGAAGAUGCAUUGAUUCCAUAGCGUCCAAAACAUCUUGGGAACCGGCUAACAUCACCUGGUCCUACACGUUUAACCGGAAAUUAGCAGAGCCCGACAGGAUUGUGGAAGACGGUAUGAAGUUUAGAGAAAAAACAGAAUCCGUUCCAAUGGAUUGGUGGGUUGAGGACAUAUGUGAACUGGAUAUUGAUCUCUACAAAAGAGUCAUGAUUGCCGUGAAGUCUAAGGGUAGAAUGAAUGGUGCUGUCAUUGGGGAGGCACUGAAAACAUAUGCAGUAAGAUGGCUGCCAGAUUCCAUUGAUGCAUUAGUUUCUGAGGCUCAUUCCAGGAGGAACAAAUCUCUUGUAGAAACAAUAAUUUGCUUAUUACCAUCCGACAAAUGUAUGGGUUGUUCAUGUAGUUUCUUGCUGAAACUAUUAAAAGUUGCUAUUUUGGUCGGAGCAGACGAGAUGUUGAGGGAAGAUUUGAUUAGUAGGAUUGGCUUAAAGUUGCAUGAAGCUUGCGUUAACGAUUUAUUGAUCCCAGCAAGGUCUCCCCAGAUUACCACGUAUGAUGUUGAGUUGGUUCAAACCAUUGUCAACCAAUUCACAAUGCACGAAAAAAAGCGCAGUCGGGGUUUGGAUGCCCUUGAGAAGAAUGAGAAGGGCAGUGAUGAUUUUAUCUUAGGGAGCGGUUCCUUAUUGAAUGUUGGUAGACUGAUUGAUGGGUAUCUUGCAGAAAUAGCACGGGACCCAAAUCUUACCCUCUCCAGUUUUGUAGACUUGUCAAAGUCGAUUCCUGAAUCAGCAAGGCCUAUUCACGACGGAUUAUACAAAGCCAUUGACAUUUACUUGAAGGAGCACCCAAUCUUGACAAAAGCUGACAGGAAGAAAAUCUGCGGACUAAUGGAUGUUAAGAAGUUGACAAUAAACGCGUCAAUGCACGCUGCCCAAAAUGACCGGCUUCCACUUCGAGUGGUGGUGCAAGUUCUCUUCUUUGAGCAGGUCAGGGCUUCUGCCGCACGACCUGCUAACAAUCAUCACCCCCAUGAUGCCUCCCGUUCCUCUACACUGAAUACACAGUCCGAAGAAGAAUGUCAGAAGCCUGUAGCUGCAGCAGAAAAAUGCAACUCCCUCAAGAAUGCGAUGAGCCGGAUGAAGCUAAAUGAGGAGGUCCACAGGAAUGGAAAACUGGCCAAGAAGAGCAGCAAAAACAGCAGGAGUGGUGUGCAACUAUUGCCUUCUCGGUCAAGACGAAUAUUCGACAAACUAUGGGCUGUUGGCAAGGGACAUGGUGAGAAUAGGAGCUCUGAGACCUCUGUGAGUUCUCAGAGUCCAACCUCUUUGGCUCCAGGGGAUACAAAGUCCUCUGGUUCAUCUUCAAGACAGAGGAGGCAUUCCAUCUCGUAGAAAAGUGGGGGUAUUUUGGGGUUCUAAUAAGAAGAGAACUGGCCAAGGAAAAAUGAUAAGCCAAGUGUAGAAAAGAAAAAAAAAAAAAAGUGGUGGGAUUUUGUUGUUUAGCUAAUGGUGAAUUCACUUUUCUAUCUACAAAAUUGCUGCUAUAUAGGAGGGCUUUACAUGGUAAAUAUUGAAUCAGUUCAUUUUGGUGUGGCUUGUCUAACCUCAUCAGUCUGUCUGUCCAAUUGUAAUAUUAUUAUCUUCUGUAUUUCAUUAUUUAUCUACCAGCUAGUUCAUUGUAGCAGAGAACUGAAGAUGAGUACAUUGUUUCUAACUGCGACUCUGAUACUGAUAUGCACACUGGGCUCUUUGGCUACAAGAUCCGCCGCUUUUGGUUCUGGGGGUAAUCAAUUUCAGUGACACUAACUCUCUUUUUGGUAAUUUGGUAAUGGAUUUGGUGGAGGUUAGGAGAUAAUAGAUGGCUGGAGAAAAAAAAAAGAAGUAAAAAUUAAGCAACUGUCUUGUGUUUGUAAGGGGAAAAAUAAAUUGCACUACUUGUAAGUUGUAUGAGUGAAAUUGACAUAGAUGGGUUACAGCACCUAUUUCACUCCAAAAUAUAAAAGAAAAAAAAUGAGCAUUUUGGUCUUUAGAGGUCCAAAUGUAUCAAUUAUAUCCGAAUAAAUUACCAGUACAAUCAUUCUUUUUGUUUUUGCAUG